AUGUACGCAGGCAACUAUGGUCUUCCGAAUGCCAUUCCUCCUGCGGGAUCACAAUACAAUGGCGGCGCCCCACACCCAGCUUCUCACAACCAUCACUUACAGCCCGGUCAAGGUCAUCCCAACCAGGCUUCUAUGUACAAUCAGCAGUUUCCCAUGGGUGCGCAGGCCGCUGUUGGUUUCCCCGGUGUUCCUAACAUGAUGUCAGGUCCUGGUCCUGCAGGAAUGAUGCAAAAUACCGGUAUGCCGCACAUGGCCGCGGUUAGUGGUCCGAUGCCUAACUACCAACCACCGUACACAAACUCACCUUAUGGCGCUGGUAUCCCCAGCUCCGUCGCUCCCCAGAUGAACAUCCCUCCCAGCUAUAUGGGGGGCGGCAUGGCUAUGUCUGCAUUUCCUAUGCAUCACGGGAUGAACCCACAGCAACAGAUGAUGCAGCGUAUGCAACCACCUCUACCGAAUACACCGGGAAUGUCAACUCCUACGCCUCAACGGACUUUCCAGAACCAAAGCCCUCAGAGCCAAACCCCUCACAGCACUCCUACUCCAAAUAACGCGCCGAACGCACAGCAACAUCCGGUUUCCACACCGCAAAACGCGCAUAGUACACCGCAAAACCAGACACCGAAUAAUGCGCAACGGCAACAACAGCAACAACAGCAACUGCUAUCUAAUAAUAUUCCGACACCGCAAACCCCAACGUUUCCGGUACCAACCCAAAAUAACGGACCCAAUAACGCGUCAUCCGCGUCGACGCCAUUAAGCCCGGGUGCAGAUUCUAGGGAUAAGGAGCGAGUCGGCGUGAUCUUGGAGAUUAACAACGAGCUACUAUUAGAGGCUAUGCAAAUACAAAACACACAACGGAUACUGAAAGAGGAGAGGGCAUCUGCUAAUGGUACUGAUGGUGUUACAAGCGAACCGGAAAAGAAGCCAACCGAGGAGGACAUGUUAGCGCAAGAUUAUCUCCAAUGUAUGCGGAGGCUCCAGACAAACUUGACAUAUCUGGCGGCAUUGGCCGAUAAGAAAGGCAAUGUCACAGCCGGGCCAUGUCCCAGCUACUUGAGAGCACCACCACUCAAUACGAGUAUCAAGUUAAGGAUGAUGGUUGGUCCAGACGGAUCAGAGAAUCAAGAAGCUCCGGACCGGGGGGAGACGGCCAAGUACAUCCAAGAAUUGUAUAAAAAGCUUCAGGCCCUUUAUCCAGGUAUGGAUCCAAACAAGGAACCAACACUUGGACUUCCCGGCGGACGGCAGAAUGCUCAGCAAGCGAAUGCGGCAAAGCCCGGCCCUCCUCGGACGCCUGGUCAGCCUAGCCCAGGGGGACAACAGACUCCAAAGAUGGCGACUUCGGCGCCCCCAUCCUCUAUGACGAAUAUAGCAGGACCAUAG